AAUAUUUAUUUUAUCGUUAUUUUCUGUUUGUAAUUCUGUUCUUAUUGGUAAAAUCCAGAGUUAUAUAAUAGUUGGUGAUAUGUAUAAUAAUUUAUUUAAUGUAACAGAAGAUCAAUGCAUAUGUGAAAUGAUAAAAGUAAAUGAUUCAAUAUCUGCUUUGAAUUAUUUUUCAACAAAUCAAACUUGUCAAUUAUAUCGUUCAAAUAUUAGUACAAUUUAUAUUGGAUUUUAUUUAAAUUCUACUUUUAUAUUUCUUAAUCAAUCAUCAAUAUCAAUAUUAAAUAUUCAAGAAUAUCAACCGAGUACGUCAUCAUCAGCACCAGCAACAGUACCAUCAACUUCACCAUCAUCAUCAUCAGCAACGUCUUCUUCAUCAUCAUCAACUUCAACAGCGACAACAGCAAACCCAACAUCAACAUCGUCAACAACAACAACAUCAUCGUCCACCUCAACAUCGUCGACCCCAACGACGUCAUCAACAUCAAAAACAACAUCGUCAUCGUCAACAGCAACAACAACUGCCUGCAACUAUUUUCUUAAUCAAAUUACUUACCCAGUUGGCUCAAGACCAUACUCAAUAGCAGUCGUCGAUGUGAAUAGCGACAAUGAACCUGAUAUUAUUGUUGUAAAUCAGAGUCCUGACAGCGUCAGUGUUCUUCUCAACGCAGGCAAUGGCACAUUUAAUGUUCAAGCUACUUAUGCAGUUAGUUCUAGCCCAGUAUCAGUGUCAGCUGUCGAUGUGAAUAGCGACAAUAAACUCGAUAUUAUUGUUACAAACUCUGGUUCAGGCACCGUCGGUGUUCUUCUCAAUGCAGGCAGUGGUACCUUUAAUGCUCAAACUACUUAUACAGUUGGUUCUGGUCCACGAUCAGUGGCAGUCGUCGAUGUAAAUAGCGACAAUAAACCUGAUAUUAUUGUUGCAAACUAUGGUGUGAACACUGUUAGUGUUCUUCUCAACGCAGGCAAUGGCAUCUUUAACAAUCAAACUACUUAUAUAGUUGGCACUAAUCCACACUCAGUGGUAGUCGUCGACGUAAAUAGCGACAAUAAACCUGAUAUUGUUGUUACAAACUCUGUUUCGAACAACGUCGGUGUUCUUCUCAACGCAGGCAAUGGCACAUUUAAUGCUCAAACUACGUAUACAGUUGAUUCUAAUCCACGGUCAUUAGCAGUUGUCGAUGUGAAUAGUGACAAUAAACCCGAUAUUAUUGUUGCAAACUAUUAUGGGAACACUACUAGUGUUCUUCUCAAUGCAGGCAGUGGCACUUUUAACACUCAAACUACUUAUACAGUUGCCUCUAAUCCACUCUCAGUAGCUGUCGUCGAUACGAAUAGCGACAAUAAUCCUGAUAUUGUUGUUGCAAAUUAUGGUUCGAAUAACGUCGGUGUACUUCUUAACGCAGGCAAUGGCACCUUUAAUGCUCAAACUAUUUACUCAGUUGGUAUUAAUCCAUACUCAGUAGCAGUCAUCGAUGUGAAUCAGGACAGUAAACCUGAUUUUAUUGUUACAAACCAAGGUUCGAACAACGUCGGUGUUCUCUUACAUUGUUAA